CCACCCGCGAUCGCAGCGCACGGGGCGAGCCCACGCGUGGAGCAGGGCGCAGUUCCCAGCCCACCCCCAAGGCGGCGGAGAUGAACAGCCACAGCUGCCCCGAGGCGCCGGCGGCCGGCGAGGAGGCGGAGGAGAUGCCGGCCACGGAGAAGGACCUGGCGGAGGACGCGCCCUGGAAGAAGAUCCAGCAAAACACGUUCACCCGCUGGUGCAACGAGCACCUGAAGUGCGUGCACAAGCGCCUGGGCGACCUGCAGCGCGACCUGGGCGACGGGCUGCGGCUCAUCGCGCUGCUGGAGGUGCUGAGCCAGAAGCGCAUGUACCGCAAGUACCACGCGCGCCCCAACUUCCGCCAGAUGAAGCUGGAGAACGUGUCGGUGGCGCUGGAGUUCCUGGAGCGGGAGCACAUCAAGCUGGUGUCCAUCGACAGUAAAGCCAUCGUGGACGGGAACCUGAAGCUGAUCCUGGGGCUGAUCUGGACGCUGAUCCUGCACUACUCCAUCUCCAUGCCCAUGUGGGAGGACGAGGACGAGGAGGACGCCAAGAAGCAGACACCGAAGCAGCGGCUGCUGGGCUGGAUUCAGAACAAGGUGCCCCAGCUGCCCAUCACCAACUUCCACCGGGACUGGCAGGAUGGCAAAGCCCUGGGCGCCCUGGUGGACAACUGCGCCCCAGGCCUGUGCCCGGACUGGGAGACCUGGGACCCCAAGCAGCCCGUGGAGAAUGCCCGGGAAGCCAUGCAGCAGGCGGAUGACUGGCUGGGCGUACCCCAGGUGAUCGCCCCAGAGGAGAUCGUGGACCCUGAUGUCGACGAACACUCCGUCAUGACCUACCUGUCCCAGUUUCCCAAGGCCAAGCUGAAGCCUGGGGCCCCCCUGCGCUCCAAGCAGCUGAACCCCAAGAAAGCCAUUGCCUACGGCCCUGGGAUCGAGCCCCACGGGAACACGGUGCUGAAGCCGGCCCAGUUCACGGUGGAGACCCUGGAGGCAGGGCUGGGCGAGGUGCUGGUCUACAUCGAGGACCCCGAGGGACACACCGAGGAGGCCAAGGUAGUUGCCAACAACGACAAGAAGCGGACGUACUCGGUGACCUACGUGCCCAAGGUGGCCGGGCUGCACAAGGUCACGGUGCUGUUUGCCGGGCAGAACAUUGACAAGAGCCCCUUCAACGUCGAUGUGGGCAUGGCGCUGGGUGAUGCCAACAAGGUGAUGGCACGGGGGCCUGGCCUGGAGCCUGUGGGCAACGUGGCCAACAAGCCCACAUACUUCGACAUCUACACCGCAGGCGCGGGCACGGGCGACGUGGGCGUGGUCAUCGUGGACCCGCAGGGCCGGCGCGACACCGUGGAGGUGGUGCUGGAGGACAAAGGCGACAGCACCUUCCGCUGCACCUACCGGCCUGUACUGGAGGGACCCCACACCAUCAACGUCACCUUCGCUGGCACCCAGAUCCCCCGGAGCCCCUUCCCCGUCAACGUCUCCGAAGCCUGCAGCCCCAACGCCUGCCGGGCCACAGGCCGGGGCCUCCAGCCCAAGGGUGUGCGGGUCAAGGAAGUGGCUGAUUUCAAGGUCUACACCAAGGGCGCAGGCAGCGGGAAGCUGAAGGUCGUGGUGAAGGGGCCAAAAGGCACGGAGGAGCCGGUGAAGGUGCGGGAGGCUGGCGAGGGGGUGUACGAAUGUGACUACUACCCCGUGGUGCCUGGCAAAUACGUGGUGGCAAUCUCCUGGGGUGGCUACAGCAUCCCCCGCAGCCCCUUCGAGGUGCAGGUGGCGCCAGAGCCGGGCACCCAGAAAGUCAGGGCCUGGGGCCCGGGUCUGGAGACCGGCAUGGUGGGCAAAUCAGCCGACUUCGUGGUGGAGGCGAUCGGCACUGAAGUGGGGACACUGGGCUUCUCCAUCGAGGGCCCAUCGCAGGCGAAGAUCGAGUGCGACGACAAGGGGGAUGGGUCGUGUGACGUGCGCUACUGGCCCACGGAGCCCGGUGAAUACGCCGUGCACGUCAUCUGUGACGACGAGGACAUCAAGGACAGCCCCUUCAUCGCACACAUCAAGCCAGCCACCAACGAGUACUUCCCAGAGAAGGUGAAGGCCUUCGGGCCCGGCCUGGAGCCCACCGGCUGCAUCGUGGACAAGCCGGCAGAGUUCACCAUCGACGCGCGGGGAGCAGGGAAAGCCGAGCUCAAGAUCUACGCCCAGGACGCCGAGGGCUUCCCCAUCGACAUCAAGAUCAAGGACAACGGUGACAACACCUUCCACUGCGUCUAUGUGCCCACCAAGCCCAUCAAACACACCAUCAUCAUCUCCUGGGGCGGGGUGAAUGUCCCCAAGAGCCCCUUCCGGGUGACUGUGGGCGAGGGCAGCCACCCAGACAAGGUGAAGGUGUACGGCCCCGGCGUGGAGAAGACGGGGCUCAAGGCCAACGAACCCACCUACUUCACCGUGGACUGCAGCGAGGCCGGGCAAGGGGACGUGAGCAUCGGGAUCAAGUGCGCCCCAGGUGUUGUGGGGCCAGUGGAGGCCGACAUCGAAUUCGACAUCAAAAAUGACAACGACACCUUCACAGUGAAGUACACGCCGCCAGGCGCCGGGUACACGAUCAUGGUGCUCUUCGCCAACCAGGUACGGGCUGGCACGGGCGGUACACGAUCAUGGUGCUCUUCGCCAACCAGGUACGGCUGGCGCCGGCAGUACGCCGUCAUGGUGCUCUUCGCCAACCAGGUACGGGCUGGCGCCGGGCGGUACGCCGUCAUGGUGCUCUUCGCCAGCCGGGUACGGGCUGGCGCCGGGCGGUACGCCGUCAUGGUGCUCUUCGCCAGCCGGGUACGGGCUGGCGCCGGGCGGUACGCCGUCAUGGUGCUGUUCGCCACCAGCCGAUCAGUGCCCCCCGCCGGGGCUGGGCGUCGCCCCCCUGCACACACGCCAGCCGAUCAGUGCCCCCCGCCGGGGCUGGGCGUCACCCCCCUGCACACCUGCCAGCCGGACAGUGCCCCCGCCAGGGCUGGGCGUCGCCCCCCUGCACACGUGCCAGCCGGGCAGUACCCCCGCCAGGGCUGGGCGUCGCCCCCCUGCACACUCACAGCUGGGGUUUGUGGCUUCCCGCCGGGCACUGCUCCCCACCUCUUCCCUGACUCGGUUGUUCUCUCCACUCAGGGCAAUCUGGCCGUGACGGUGACAUACGGGGGGGACCCUGUGCCCAAGAGCCCCUUUACUGUCAGCGUGGCCCCUCCCCUGGACCUCAGCAAGGUCAAAGUGCAGGGACUCAACAACAAGGUGGACGUGGGCCAGGACCAGGAGUUCACGGUGAACACCCGUGGCGCUGGGGGCCAGGGGCAGGUGGACGUGAAGAUCACCUCGCCCUCCCGCCGGCCCAUCCCCUGCAAGGUGGAGACCGGCACCACCAGCGACAUCCACAGCGUCAAGUACAUGCCCCCCGAGGAGGGGCCCUACAAGGUGGAUGUGGCCUACGACGGGCACCCCGUCCCGGGCAGCCCCUUCUCCGUCGAGGGGGUGAUGCCACCAGACCCAUCCAAGGUAUGUGCCUACGGGCCAGGCCUGGAGGGCGGCUUCGUGGGCAAGCCGGCCCCCUUUGCCAUCGACACCAAGGGCGCGGGCACGGGCGGGCUGGGUCUGACCGUGGAGGGCCCGUGUGAGGCCAAGAUCGAGUGCCAGGACAAUGGGGACGGGUCGUGCUCCGUGUCCUACCUGCCGACGGAGCCGGGCGAGUACUCCAUCAACAUCCUCUUUGCCGAGGCCCACAUCCCCGGCUCGCCCUUCAAGGCCAACAUCCAGCCGCUCUUCGACCCCAGCAAGGUGACGGCCAGUGGGCCGGGGCUGGAGCGCGGCACGGCGGGCGAGACCGCCACCUUCCUGGUGGACUGCUCCAAGGCGGGUGAGGCCGCGCUCACCAUUGAGAUCGUCUCCGAGGCGGGGGUCAAGGCCGAGGUGGUGAUCCAGAACAACCGCGACGGCACCUACACCAUCACCUACAGCCCCGCCUUCCCCGGCACCUACACUAUCACCAUCAAGUACGGCGGGCACCCCGUGCCCAAGUUCCCCGCCCGCGUCAAUGUCCAGCCCGCCGUCGACACCAGCGCCGUCAAGGUCUUCGGGCCUGGCGUGGAGCCGCGAGGCGUCCUGCGUGAGGUCACCACCGAGUUCACCGUGGACGCCCGCUCACUCACCAAGACGGGUGGCAGCCACAUCAAGGCGCGCGUCAUUAAUCCCUCGGGUGCCAAGACAGAAACCUACCUCACAGACAAUGGCGAUGGGACCUACCGCGUCCAGUACACAGCCUACGAGGAGGGCCUGCACCGGGUGGAGGUGACGUAUGACGAGGUACCAGUGCCCAAGAGCCCGUUCCGCGUGGCCGUCGCCGAGGGCUGUGAGCCCAGCCGUGUGCGUGCCUACGGCCCCGGCCUGGAGGGGGGGCUGGUGAACAAGUCCAACCGCUUCACCGUGGAGACCAGGGGCGCUGGCACUGGCGGGCUGGGCCUGGCCAUCGAGGGGCCAUCGGAGGCCAAAAUGUCCUGCAAGGACAACAAGGAUGGCAGCUGCAGCGUGGAGUACAUCCCAUUCACAGCCGGCGACUACGACGUCAACAUCACCUUCGGGGGGCGCCCCAUCCCAGGGAGCCCCUUCCAAGUGCCCGUGAAGGACGUGGUGGAUCCCAGCAAGGUGAAAUGCUCAGGCCCUGGGCUGGGGGCUGGCGUCCGUGCCCGCGUCCCCCAGACCUUCACCGUCGACUGCAGCAAGGCCGGGCUGGCACCCCUGGAAGUGAUGGUCCUCGGCCCCUCAGGCCUGGCCGAGCCGGUGGACGUGCGGGAUAACGGGGAUGGCACCCACAAAGUGAACUACACCCCGGCCAGCGACGGGCCUUACACUGUGGCUGUCAAGUACGCCGACCAGGAGGUGCCGCGCAGCCCAUUUAAGAUCAAGGCGCUGCCGGCUCACGAUGCCAGCAAGGUGCGGGCCAGCGGGCCGGGCCUCAGUGCUGCGGGCAUCCCUGCCAGCCUGCCCGUGGAGUUCACUAUCGACGCACGGGACGCCGGCGAGGGGCUACUCACCGUGCAGAUCCUGGAUCCCGAGGGCAAGCCCAAGAAAGCCAACAUCCGGGACAACGGGGACGGCACCUACACGGUGUCCUACGUGCCCGACCUGACGGGGCGCUACACCAUCACCAUCAAGUACGGGGGCGACGAGAUCCCCUUCUCGCCCUUCCGCACCCUGGCGCAGCCCAGCGGCGACGCCAGCAAGUGCCUGGUCACAGUGUCCAUUGGGGGCCAUGGAUUGGGCGCCUGCCUGGGCCCCACCAUCCAGAUUGGGGAGGAGACGGUGAUCACGGUGGACGCCAAGGCAGCGGGCAAGGGGAAGGUGACGUGCAAGGUGUCCACGCCGGAUGGGGCCGAGCUGGAUGUGGACGUGGUGGAGAACCACGACGGCACCUUCGAUAUCUACUACACGGCACCCGAGCCGGGCAAAUACGUCAUCACCAUCCGCUUCGGGGGCGAGCUCAUCCCCAACAGCCCCUUCCACGUGCUGGCGUGCGAGACCAUCCCCCACGUCGAGGAGCCAUGCGACUCGCUCCAGUUGCACCAGCCCUUCUCUCCGCACCAGGCUGGCGGCUCCCCGGCACGCUGGGCCACAGACCAGCCCGUUGCGCCCGCCGAGAGCCUGGACUCCAUGCUGCGGCCCUUCAACCUCGUCAUCCCCCUCACCGUGCAGAAAGGGGAGAUCACCGGCGAGGUGCGCAUGGCCGUCGGGGAACCGAGCGCCCAUGGCCCCAGCAUCACGGAUAAUAAGGAAGGGACGGUGACCGUGCGUUCGCACCGUGGAGAGGGCUGCAAUGAGAUGGACAUCAAAUACGACGACCCACAUCCCUGGGCUGUCGGCUGGCCCGUGGAGGCCACGUCCAAGGACGAAACAACCUGCAAAAGACACAAGACGGACCUGACCGUGUCCCUACCAUGCCCACGCAGCCCCCACGACUACACGUCAUCGUUCCGCUUCGACGACACAGACACGUCCCAGGGAGCAACCUCAACCGCAAGACACCGUGGAGCCCUAGCGGGACCCCGCCUGCCCCAGAUGCAAGCUACCGCCACCAAACUGCGUGAAAACGAAGCACACACCACUAUCACAACAGCCCCACUCCACCUCACGCCCACAGCCUCCCCCAACAGAAAGACCGACCGCACCACAUCCUCGGCGGAUCUCCCAAGCUCUCCCCCCCGGCCCCAGCCAGCUUCCCGCCACCCACUGCCGGACCUCCCAGCCUCGCCCUAUCUGCCCCCACGACCCCCGCCACCCACGCCAGGCGGGAAGAGUGGAGCAACGUCCCAACAGCCCCACUUCAAGAUCCUGGUGGUCAGUCGGAGAUCCGCGCGACGCCAGCAAGGUGAAGGUGUGGGGCCAGGGGCUGUGGAGGGGCGCACCUUCGAGGUGUCGAGUUCAUCGGUGUACACCCGCACCCCAGGCUACGGCGGGCUGGGCCUGUCCAUCGAGGGGCCCAGCAAGGUGGACAUUAACUGCGAGGACGUGGAGGACGGCACCUGCAAGGUGACCUACUGCCCCACCGAGCCCGGGAACUACAUCAUCAACAUCAAGUUCGCCGACAAGCACGUGCCAGGGAGCCCCUUCACGGUGAAGGUGACGGGCGAGGGGCGCAUGAAGGAGAGCAUCACACGCCGGCGCCAGGCACCCUCCAUCGCCAGCAUUGGCAGCACCUGUGACCUCAACCUCAAGAUCCCAGGAAACUGGUUCCAGAUGGUGUCGGCGCAGGAGCGGCUCACGCGCACCUUCACGCGCAGCAGCCACACGUACACGCGCACCGAGCGCACCGAGAUCAGCAAGACGCGGGGCGGCGAGACCACACGGGAGGUGCGGGUGGAGGAGUCCACGCAGGUCGGCGGGGCCCCCUUCCACAACGUCUUCGGUGACUUCCUGGGCCGCGAGAGCCUCGGCUCCUUCGGCAGCAUCGCCCGCGCCCCGGAGGGCGAGGCGGGCGCCCCGGCCAUGACAGCCCAGGUGACCAGCCCGUCGGGGCAGACGGCUGACGCGGAGAUCAUCGAGGGCGAGGACAGUGCCUACAGCGUGCGCUUUGUGCCCCAGGAGAUGGGCGCCCACACCGUCCACGUCAAGUACCGCGGGCAGCACGUGCCGGGCAGCCCCUUCCAGUUCACCGUGGGGCCCAUGGGCGAGGGGGGUGCCCACAAGGUGCGGGCUGGGGGGACCGGCCUGGAGAGAGGCGUCGCUGGAGUGCCAGCCGAGUUCAGCAUCUGGACACGGGAGGCAGGCGCCGGGGGCCUCUCCAUCGCCAUCGAGGGGCCCAGCAAGGCCGAGAUCGCCUUCGAGGACCGCAAGGACGGCUCCUGCGGCGUCUCCUACAUCGUGCAGGAGCCAGGGGACUACGAGGUGUCCAUCAAGUUCAACGAGGAGCACGUCCCCGACAGCCCCUUCGUGGUGCCGGUGGCCUCACUCUCCGACGAUGCCCGCAGGCUGACGGUGACCAGCCUCCAGGAGACGGGAUUGAAGGUCAACCAGCCAGCGUCCUUCGCGGUGCAGCUCAACGGGGCGCGGGGCGUGAUCGACGCCAAGGUGCACACGCCCUCGGGCAUGGUGGAGGAGUGCUACAUCUCGGAGCUGGACAGCGAUAAAUCCACCAUCCGGUUCAUCCCACGCGAGAACGGUGUGCACUCCAUCGACGUCAAGUUCAAUGGGCGCCAUAUCCCGGGCAGCCCCUUCAAGAUCCGUGUGGGGGAGCAGAGCCAGGCUGGGGACCCGGGCCUUGUCUCGGCGUACGGCCCGGGCCUGGAGGGCGGCAUCACAGGUGUGUCCUCGGAGUUCUUCGUCAACACGGUGAACGCCGGCUCGGGCGCUCUGGCUGUCACUAUCGACGGCCCCUCCAAGGUGAAGCUGGACUGCCAGGAGUGCCCUGAGGGCCAUAGGGUCACCUACACGCCCAUGGCGCCCGGCAGCUACCUCAUCUCCAUCAAGUAUGGUGGCCCCCAGCACAUCGUGGGCAGCCCCUUCAAAGCCAAGGUCACAGGGCCACGUCUCUCCGGCGGCCACAGCCUCCAUGAGACCUCCACCGUCCUGGUGGAGACGGUCACCAAGUCCUCGUCCUCCGUGGGCAGCAGCUUCAGCUCCAUGCCCAAGUUCUCCUCCGACGCCAGCAAGGUGGUGGCCCGGGGGCCCGGGCUCACCAAGGCCUUCGUGGGCCAGAAGAACACCUUCACCGUGGACUGCAGCAAGGCGGGCACCAACAUGCUGAUGGUGGGCGUGCACGGCCCCAAGACGCCCUGCGAGGAGGUGUACGUCAAGCACGUGGGGAACCGGGUCUACAACGUCACCUACACUGUCAAGGAGAAGGGGGACUACGUCCUCAUCCUGAAAUGGGGCGACGAGGGCGUGCCGGGCAGCCCCUACCAGGUCACCGUGCCCUAGCCAGGAGCCAGCGCCAGAGCUGCGGCGCCUCCCCC